AUGCUGCCGAGGCGUCUUCUCGUCGCCGGCCUCCUGCGGUCAACCUCCACUUCUUCCCCCGUUUACCCAAGGCCAGAGAAUGUCAGAGAAAGGUUCCUUUCAAGUUGGUGUUAUUCUGACAGCACCAGGCGUCAGACUUAUGGAGGAGCAGGGUCAACAGCUAAGAUGCUGGAUCCCUUUGCACUGGUUAAAGAUGAAGUGUCGGAAAUCUCGAACAGACUGCGUUCGACGGUGGUAUCGGAGGUACCUGAAUUGACAUCAGCAGCUGGAUACUUCUUCAGAGCUGGAGCUGAAGGGAAAAGAACAUGCCCCACUGUUCUACUAUUGAUGGCCUCGGCUAUACGAACAGACACUCCUGACUCCAUUGUUGGUUCAAGGAACGAGCUUCGUGCAAGACAGAUGCGCAUUGCUGAGAUAACUGAAAUGAUUCAUGUAGCAAGCCUUAUCCAUGAUGAUGUUCUGGAUGUUGCUGAUACCAGACGUGGUAUGGAUUCCCUGAACUCUGCAGUGGGAAACAAGCUUGCGGUAUUGGCCGGUGAUUUCCUACUUUUCAGGGCAUUUUCUGCUGCCGGGUCUCUUGGCAAUACUGAGGUUGUAUCUUUACUAGCAACAGCUCUAAAUAGCCUUGUGACGGGUGAGCUGAUGCAGAUGGCCAUAACUCCAGCACAACGCUGCAGCAUGGAUUACUAUUUGCAGAAGACAUACUACAAGACAGCUGCAUUGAUUUCAAAUAGCUGCAAAGCCGUUGCAGUUAUCGCUGGCCAAACAGCAGAGGUUGCAGCCCUUGCUUAUCAGUAUGGCAGGCACUUGGGUAUAGCAUAUCAGCUGAUCGACGACAUCCUUGAUUUCACGGGCACAUCCGCUUCACUAGGCAAAGGCUCCUUGUCUGAUACCCAUCAAGGAAUCGUGACCGCUCCUCUGUUGUUCGCAAUGGAAGAGUUCCCUGAACUACGUGAGAGUGUAGAGCGUGGAUUCGAUGACCCUUCAGAUGUUGCUACUGCCCUCGAAUACCUUGCGAAAAGCCAGGGAAUCGAGAGGACAAGGUUGUUUGCUACUGGACACGUGAAACUGGCAGCACGCGCAAUCGAUGCGCUUCCUGAGGUUGGGGACAGAGUUGCGCUGAUCUCGAGGCAAGCACUCAAAGACCUUGCUCAGAAGCUCAUCAGGAGAACAAAGUGA